AUUGGUAAAAGUGAUGAUAUGUUACUUUCAGGUGUUGGAAAAUUCCAAAGUCACUCUGGACGGUGUGAACGUAUCUCUACGCUUAUGGGAUACCUUUGGCGAUCAUCACAAAGACCGGAAGUUUGCAUAUGGAAGAUCCGACGUUGUCCUCAUGUGCUUUGAUGUGGGUCGACAAAGCUCUCUGGAGAAUUGCCGUGAUAUGUGGCAUCAACAAAUAAAAUAAUUCUGCCCAAACACCCCAAUCAUCCUGGUUGGAUGCAAAAACGAUGUUCGAUUCAUGCUGAAUGAUGAGCAAUACAUAAAUUAUUGUAGAGAAAGAAGUCCCCUUGUCAGACAAGUUCGCGAAAAGGAUCUAGUCAUGCCGGAUCAGGGCCGAAUCGUGGCCAAAGAAUUAGGAAUUCCUUAUUACGAGACCAGUGUCCUCACUUACUUCGGGGUCGACGAGGUGUUCGAAAAUGCCAUUCGCGUGGCUUUGGGUGUACGGAGACAACAGAGGUUCUGGCUAACCUCUAAGAAGACCCUUUUGCCCACUCUGCAGGCCCCGUUUUGUCCUCCCAAGCCGAAAUUACCCGGUGCAGAAGUCCUUCAGUCCACCUUUAAAGAAGAUCGGCAAAUUCUCUUUGAUCAGUCGCUUUUCACCGAUGUUAUUUUCGUUUGUGGAUCGGUGGGAUUCUCGGCUCAUCGAUUUCUUCUAGCUGCAUCUAGUCCAUUUUUCCUCAAGGUGUUAAACGCCGAUUACACUCAAGAACCACCCACAACUCGUUGUAGCAGUGAGACCAGCCUGGUGAGCUGCAGCUUGGGUUCCAACAAUUUGGGCGGGGACUUUUUCUUCAACGUCGACGAUACCGAGCAAUUGUUGAACAAUUCAGCGCCGAAUACACCUCAGAAGGGUGGUCUGCUUCAAAAGCCAAACAUCACACCCACAUGGGGGGAAAACAGACGGGUUGAUCGUCGGCGGAGAUCAAAUUCCCUUCAUUUGUCUCCAUCGAUGGGUCAUUGGAAUGAGAAAACCGAGCAUAAUGUGGAUCCCAAGCCUGGUAUUUUCAAAGCUUUAAAUCAUCCCGCAAUCCAAUCCUUGCGGAUACAACAAUGCGAAAGCCUUGAUGCUCGUGGGCGCGUGGUCACCUCUUUGCAAACCAUAUUCACUUGCACCAAAGCCGUAUCUUGCAAGGCCAUGGCCCAGGUUGUCAAAUUCAUUUACACUGGAGAAGUUGAAGAAAAACUUUGCGAUCUCAAUGAGCUUAGACAGGUGGCUGAGCACCUGAAUAUUCCUGGACUGCGGAUGUACACGUCCCAUGUUCUGAAUAAAAACACAAAAGUGAACCUUUUCGAAGAAGGCACCAAGAUCCAUCAAGCUGGUAUCAAAAACGUCUGCUUGGAUUUGAAUGCCUUUGCUGAUGUUGUUUUCCGUUUGGAUGAUGGACACAUCCGAGCUCACAAGCCGCUGCUGAUGGCCCGAUGUGAUAUGAUGUUGGCCAUGUUUACCCAUGACGAUUUCGUUGAAUGUUCCGCCCGAGUGGUGAAAUUUCCUGGAGUGACCUGCUUUACAUUCAAGGAACUGCUGAAUUAUCUGUAUACCGACCAAUCCCCACGCGUCACCAUUUCCAAUUGCCUUGGGAUCCUGGAGUUGGGCAACCGAUUAUGCUUACCCAGAUUGAUUUCUCUGACUGAGCAAAUUGUCAUUGAGAAACUUACCGUGAUGGUUGACGAUGAGGGGGAAGACGUAACGGAAGACGCUCUGAAAAUUCUUCAGCCCUGCCAGGUGUAUAAUGCGGACCAGUUGGGUGAAUGGUGUUUGGCUUACCUGGCUCAGAGUUACAAUCACAUUUGUCGCAAAUAUCCCAAGGUUCUCAGAUCCAUGCAUCCUGAAAAUCAAGCCUGGCUUAAUGUGCAUCGAUGGCCGCCUAUCUGGUACCUUAAAGACUACGAUUUCUACCAACGCCUUCUGAUGGACCAAGAGCGACGAGAUCGACCCAAGAAUCUGAAAAGAGCGAGAAACCAUUCGGGAUGUCUUUGCUUUUCGAGUAAAUCCAGAAAGGACAGUUCUUACGGCAUUGGAUGAUGAUUGUGAAUCAGCACCACAUAUCCUGUUUUCUAAAUCUAGCUUUGCAGCUUUGACGGUUGAAGUCCAAUCUCACCUCUUUGUUUCGAUUUAAUUUUGGAAUAUUUUAUACCAUCGCAGUAAGUCUUUCAAUGGAAGCCCAAUGCAUAAUAACAAGAAUAAAGGAACCCAUAUUUGUAAAAAAACAACAACUUGUAAUGAUCGCGAAGAAAAUACUUUAAGCCACAAUUUAUUCAACGCAGCCUGAAGUUGAUGAUCGGAUAACUGCAUUAAAAAUCAUUUUAUGACGGUUAAAAUGUUCACUUCAGUGAGAACAUGUUCUCGCGUAGGUCAUCCUGUAUUGAUUCAAGGACGUUAUUAUGGCAAGUGCACAAAUGCUAAGAAACAAAAAGUUAUGACUUUUAAGUAUAUGAGAAAUCUUGAAAGAAUAGUUAGGUUAUGUUCCUUGAACUAGUACAAGUUUCAUGUCAUGAAACCAUGAUCUUCGCUCGGAGAAUCCCAAUAGACCUUAAAGUGCGGACGCUUUUGUAAGUAAAAUGUCCUUUAGGCCCAUUUGAGAAUCUCUCAAGAUACGUUGAUGAAACACAUGUUUUUAUUGACGAUAGAGAUUGUCGCCUGUAUAGAGUUUGGAGUUUGAUUCUCAUCUUGGGUUUUCCUCCCAGGUACUGAUCACUUUUUUUUUGUUCAUUGCGACUAAAUGCCAUGUCAAAAAAAUAAAGAAAUGAUAAAAAAAUA